AUGGGCCGUCACCGCAAGUACCACACCGACGAGGAGCGUAAGCUCGCAAACCGGAAAAAGUCAAAAGCUUAUUACUACAGACACCACGAGGAGAUAUGUUCCAAUUGCCGCAAGGUGAAAUCGAGGGACAAUCCUGGGUCAUCCAGCUCCCAAAAAACGUCUUCCACACUUCCCAUCUCUCCCAAUAGUCAAGAGCCACAGAUGAAGAGCAAUCGGUUCAAAGAUCCCAAGUACUGGGUCCAGCGCGCCUUAAAGCAGAAGGAGGGUGUAGCGAACUUGACUGAUCACCAGCCUCUGCACAAGUUUUUGGUGGACUUGUGUAACGAUCUCGCUCAAGCCAAUGCAACUCAACGAGGGGCCGCCGAAUGCAUCGAGGAGUACCUCAACGGCCUGGCCGCGAUACGGAAGCGUGUGGACACGUGUCACGGCUAUGUCCUUGACCUCGUCGGGGUCGGUCCUGACCUCUCGACCGUUUCCAGCGUGUACCGUGCGGUGGACGCUGUAGUUCGUCCCUUGGAGGAGAUCGAGGUUAUGAUUAUGAUCGAUCUGGACCAUUUUCGGCGAGAAUAUUCCCAAAACGGAAUUACCUCCUUCCUGAAUUAG